AAUUGACAGCAGGAGAUUUUGGCAGAGUUGAACCUUUGUGCCUUCUGCUUGCAGCAUGACCGGACAGAGCGAGCAGUGUUUGUUCUUCGUCUCCGUGCCAGACCUGAGCAGGCUGUGCCGUGUUUUCCUGUCCUUUCAGAACUGUUCUGAUGAAGGAGAGCUAAGAAAUAAUCAGCUGAAGACCUGCAGAGAACUUUUGCUUCUGUAUUCAGGCGUCGUUGCGUCUCCUGUGUUGGGCUCUUAUGGGGGGAUCAACGUGAUAAUGGCUAUAACAUUUUUCAAGAGAGGCUUCGUCCAGGCCUAUGCCCAGACGCAUGGUCUACAGUUAGGUUCUCCUCAGAGGGUUCUGCCAGAUGCUCUGCAAACCUGUUUGUCUUACACCAUUACUGCCAGACUGGCCCCUAACUGGAAUAGAGUAGGCCAGUACCUUAUAGCAGGAAAGGACUUCCUGUCUGAUGCUGGAAAACUGAUAGCUGUUGUCCCGGAGCUGAAUGUGAAUGAGACUCAACUGUGGGUCAGUGUGAAGGCAAACACUGUAAGGCUUCCUCCAACUUUGCUGGAAGACUUUGAUGUUCCUCCUCUUGUGAUGAAAAAGUUUCUCAGUAGCAAAGAGGCAAUUCUCCACACCACAGUGCCAAAUAACUGGUGCUACAUACUCCCAAGCAUGAAGAGGGGCCAGAUCAUCAGCAUCAGUCGCAAGAUACCCGAGGAGUGUCCAUUCAGCUCUUAUUCUGAGCUUCAGAAUCACUGGACCAGCAUGUAUGGGUAUCAUCUGCCUCCAUUAAACAAAGAUGAGGUGGUGUACUGCAGUGUGUACUUCAAACUGAUUGGUGAAAAGCUUUUCACAUAUCCUCUGAGUUGCAUUCGCACUCAGCCAGUGCAGAUCCUUCCUCGAGUUGACCUGCAGGGGGUGCUUGGAGCCUUCAUGUCAGAUCUGAAGAGUUUUCUGGAGAAUAUUUGUAGCUUUCCUGCCCAAAUGACCAACAAGCCCUUCUACCAUACUACCAAACUGAGCAGACCUAUAUCGCAGGUCCCUGGGGCCCCACCUGCUAACUUGACAACAAACACAACCAGCAGGCUUGUGCUGACCCAGUUCCACAGCGGCUGUGCACCAGGGAGGGUGCCUCUUUCUCAGUUAGCAGCCCCUCAGCGGCCCCUUACUCAGCCUAGAAGUCUAACCAACAUCAGCAAGACAUCUACAACCACAGAGCUUGGCAAUUUUCAAACCCAGAGCCCCAGUUUGGAGUCGUCUCAUUGCCAUCACACAUACAAACGCAAUUUCCCCUCAUCCCAUACCUCACUCACACCAUCCUCCUCUGCCUCCUGCCUCUCUUCUGUUCAUCCUUUACCCACUCAGACUCAGCCUGCUCCUCAGACGCCCAAACUGGUUCCAAUCUUCAAAAACAAAUCAAUCAGCCGCCAUGUUAACGUCACUAAGAUUCUGGCAGAGAAGCAGCAGAAGAGAGCAGAUGCACAGAGCCAGCAAAUGUCUGGAGGAUCAGUUAAAAGACCUCAUCCUUUCUCCUCUCCUUCCCCUUCAUCCCACACUACUGCGGUUACCCUUACUCCAUCAUGCAGCCAUCCACCUCCCCAAAGCGUCACUCUGCCCUUCUCUAAGAACCGUAAGAGAGAGCACAGAGUCUCUCUACCUGGCCCACAGGAACCAGUCUCUAAAACACAGCCACUCACCAUGCCUGAGGUCCCCAGCAACAGAGGGGGGGAGGUUUUUGAGUCCUGUCCAAAGAGACCCAAAGUGACCAUACAGGAAGCAGAUGUGGUGAAGUAUGCCAAAAACAAUCAGCUGGCUAAGAUCAACGUGGCAACUCUGCAGGCCUGGCUAAGAGGUCAUGGUGUCACUGUGCGUUCAAAAGACAAGAAGGAGGAGCUGGUGUCAAAGGUCAUGCAGUGCCUGCAUGAGCUAUGAGGCAGUGUAGUCAGCAGCAUCCAGAUGGCUCCAGGUAUAAGAUUCCUCUCUAGGUAAUCCACACCUGAGCAGAAAUCUAGCCUACAAAGCAUUUUGCUCACAGCACUCAUACUGAGCCAAGCUUUUCACUGUUCACAUAAACUCUCACAUGAACUGUUCACUGUUCACUUGAACUUUUUUCUUCCGUGACUAGUUUAGCACAAAGUUGCAUUUUAUUCUGUGCAAUUAGCACUGGAUUUUAUAGACCUGACAUUGUAUUUAUAGAUCUAACAGAAAUGUAUCAAAUCACACUGCUGUUACCUGUAUUUCUGUCCAAUGUUUUGUGUUUGUAUUGAUUUAAAUUGUUUAUAUAAUUUGUUCUAGGCACCUGUUCAAGAGCUUUAUGUCAAGCAAGAUCUGAUCUUGCAAGGUUAAAAAUGAUUGUCUUACACAUGAAAAUGAUGAAUACAGAUGUCUUCUUAGUA